GAAACACCAACUUAUAUUCAAAGAAAUUUUUUUCUACUUCCUCUUCUGUAUACGCAUAUGCAAGAAAGCGUGUGGAUAAUUUGGUUCACCUUUAAAAUAAUUUGGCUAUAAACUAGUUACUUCAUAAAGGGAAUUUGCCUCUGUUUGUGAAGAUGGGAUCCAUAGAGGAAAAGGUUGACCUUGAAUCUGCCAAAGACCAAAACAUCCCAUUUAACUCAACUCAGCCAACAAAGAAAAGCCAAUCUUUCAAUUUUGAAGCAAACCGUGUUAUUUCACCACCCUCAGAAGUUUCCUUCUCGUCACUCUUGAGAAAGAUGCACCGGAUCAGUUGGCUUAGGAGUAUUUACAUUGUCUUAAUCAAAGCAAAGAUAAACACUUUGCUUCCUUUUGGAUUCAUUGCCAUAAUGCUGCACCGUCUUACAGGAAAGCAUGGACCAGUCGUCUUCUUUCUCUGUUUACUAGGCAUUAUUCCUGUGGCAGAGCGUUUGGGUUAUGUGACUGAACAACUUGCAAUAUAUACGGGGCCUACAGGUAAUGUUUCCACGUUUAUUCUCUUUAAAGUUGAGUAUAUCUACCUUUAAAGAUGUCCAUAGAUGCUCGAAGUCAUCUCGUUUAGAUUAUAAGUUAUCUUGAUUUUGCAUAUCACGAGAGAGAAAUUGCUUAAAGGAGCUGAAGUUUUAUAUGUAUAUUAUUUUCUCCAUGAAAUGCCACUCGCUUGAGUAUGUUUGGUGCAUCAUCUUAGGCUGAAUAAGAUUAAUUUAAUCUUAUCUAAUAUUUAAUACAAGGAUUAAAUUUAUUGUAGGUGUUUAUCCUCCUUUAGUCAACUGGACAAAUUUAAGACACUUUACGAGGUGGGCUUAGACCAGAUUAAUUCACGGUGUUAUGAAUUAGAAAAUAUGAGUUGAAUUGAAAUACAUAGGUUUGAGCUGAAAAACGAAAUGCAUAAAUUUAUUU